UCACAUGAGCACAGACGAGUGCGUCGGACUCUGAGUCUCACCACACAGACUCCUGACAAACUCCUGACAGCUCGUUCCCUGUUGGGUUCACUGGAAACUAUCAAUGAAGACACUUUUCUUCCACUGGUAAAGCUCCUAUUUACUGUGUUGGAGCUAUGCCUCACACCAGGUGCGCAGCAGGAAACUGUUUCGUGCAAGUUCUUCGUUCAGGAGUUUCCUCUUUCCCUGGAUGCCACAAGCAGGACGCUGCAGUUUCCCCUCUUCAAUGAACAAAGCGGAUUUGCGUCCAGACCAGCCGCACAGCAACAGAAGAAAUAAUCCACCAAGAUGGAAGUCACUUCAGUCUACGUUACUGAGGGGCCAGGUGUCGACUUAGCUGAAGUGGACAUAUGCACGCUUGAGAUUAAUAUGAAGUAUGAGGUCAUCCCAUCCAUUGUCUGCUCUGUUUGCCUUUCGUUCGGCCUCAUCUACUGCUUUUUCGGAUACCGCUGCUUCAAGAUGGUCAUGUUCUUCUCGGGCUUCAUGUCUGGCACGGCAGCCGUGCUCCUGUUGUACCACAAUGAGCCUGUGUUGGACGUCCAGCUGGGGACGGAGACCAAGGCGGGGAUCGGCCUCGGCGUGGGUGUGCUCUGCGGGCUGAUGACAAUGCUGGUGUCGACGAUGGGACUCCUCCUCAGUGGCCUGCAGCUGGGGACCCUGCUCUCCCUCGCCGUCCUGGUGGUAAUCGGACAGUUUCACAGCCUUACUCCCGUGUGGGUGCCUCUCAGUACCGUGCUGGCUGCCGGCAUCAUCACUACUGUCCUCACUCUUCAGUGGCAGAAACUGUUCAGCAUCUUCUACACAUCUGUGUUUGGAGCAACCACUGUGAUGCUGUGUGUGGAUUACCUGAUGGCGACGUUCGUGCUGCCAGAUCAGGUGUACGAUAUGUUUUGUCAAGUUGCCCCUCGUCCACUGUGCUGGUUCAACUGGGCAAUCACUGGAAUUUGUCCGACUUUGACUCUUAUAGGCGUGUUAGUGCAGUGGAGGUUUACUGCCAAAGGAGUAUCACACACAGAAGCUGCACACAAAAAACUGAAGAAACAUGGCAAGAAGCAGAAAUACAGAGAGUCCAGGAGAAGACCUCAAUCACACCGUCGGCGCAGGCCUCCACCCCUGAAACGAUACGCCGGAGACGUCCUGGCGCCGAGUUACCUCCAGAGCCUUAAGGAGCGCCAGAUGGGAACAGGCUCCUCCACCAGCAGCGUCAGCACUAUCACACAUGCUCUAAUUGACUUUGACUUUGAGACAGGCUCCAUGGUGCCUCUGACUGCCGCCUCCCCUGUUUUUACAGUCUGAAAGAAACACAGCAUCAAUUAUUUGUGAACUACAUACAUCUAAAGGAAUCCAUUACAUUUUAUCUGAGUCUGUGAACUGCUCACUUCCACGGAAACAAUUCAACAAUUCAACUGCUGCCGUGAAUCCACUGCAACCGGCUUCGCCAGAUAAUCAUCAACAUGCACACACAGUGUGAUCGGAGAUGCUUGGAGAUCAUCCUCUGUAUGAUGACAAGAAGAAAUAAGGCAACGUGUACAGUCGUCAGACUCAUGAUCACAACAUCCUUUAAAUGUUUUAUCUCACAGACACUUUGUGUUCAACUGUUUUUUCCACACAAUUGCAUAACAACGUUAUAUUCUCCAAAUACUAUGACAUUCUCUUGGAAGCUGUUCAUGCCUUUGGAUACAAACAUAGACCUAAAGUGUGUGUCUAGAUUAGUUUGGGUUUGAAGUUCAUGUAUUAAGGUUACAAGCAGUGAAUUCAUACCAGCACAUGCAAUAAAGGGAAGGACAUGCAUCAGAAAAAUGGGGAAUGCUGGACAAUAAACCAAUAAACCACUGAUUUGACAGCAGCAGCUCAGGUUGAUAAUAUGUGUUUUUUGGAGUAUUGUCUUGUGUUAAAGCAAAGCUAUGUAUAAAACAGCCACUGUGGGCAAAGGUGGCGAUUAUGAGAUAAUUGUAAAUAUUAUAAGUAGCAAAAUAGCAAAAGCAAAGAGGAGUCAUUACAUCAGUAAACUCACUCAGUAAUGUCAGUUUCACAGACUACUGCUCAAACCAGACCAAGUAAGACUGUGGGAAGAAAAGCUGAACUGAUCAGUUGUCUGUUUUAUUGUUUAUGAAUUCAACAUUUUACUUGUAAGAGGGAGAAUGU